GGCGUGCUCUUUGUUCUGCGCAUGCGUGCUGCUGUAGCCUGCACAGACCCGGGCACAAACCUAACAGUGUGGCACAAACUCGUCUCCUGCAACUUCUGAAUCUCUGAUGACAGAAAUGCCACGCAUAAAGAGGAGUCACAGAGGAGUUAAACCUCAACUAGGAGCAAAACGUAAAGAAUUAUGAUGACUUCAUUUUGAAUAAAAUCUGAGGCUGGAUCCUGGAAACUCAUCCCUCAACUUCAGAAAAAAUCAGUAAUUUGUCCUGACAUAAAAUGGGAAUAACUUUGGACUUUUGAAUAUUUAUUAUAAAGCUGUUUUUUGUCAAACUUUCACCAUGAGCGAUGACACAGAUGAAGACUUCAUUGACAGUAACUACAUUUGGCAACGGCGCAUUUGGAGAGUACUGAAAAACAGACAGGUUUCAUCUGUGUUUCCAUAUGCGACCGCCAUCGGAAUAGAGUUCAACCCUGCCUUCGAACGAGCCCAGAAAAUCCCAGUGGACCUCGUAAACAAUGGCGCCAUCUUGGACAUGCACAGCUUUGUCAAAUCUGUCAACAAGUCACCCUGUUACCAUUUGUUUGAUAUUUUGCAGUUUCAUUUUGAUAUCAGGUUGAGUCCAGACAGUCCAGAAUGUGGCAACUUUGCUAAUAAAGUUUAUUCUACGGCCAAAUUUUUUUACAGCCAACUCCGCGGUCGUCUGAAACUCUAUGAAAAAUUGCAAGAGGUUUUUGUUCUACCGAAAGUUACACCAGAAAACAGAGACUUACCAUCUGAAAAUACACAAAAUAUGCAGUUUUAUGAUGACCGAAAAGGUGAUCCAAUUUUCAUGAAAAAGGGCCCUGGGUACAUCUAUAAGCUAAGCAUGAGCAACUACCCUCUGUGUAAAAAGCUUGGAAUUACAUUUGUUCUACGGCCCUCGAACACACCAGAGCAAAAACUCAGCACGAAGCUCCUAACCCUGGGAAUGAUUCUGGAAAUGCUGGAUUUUGUGGAGUCCCUGGGUGGGCGUUACCUUCAAAUGCUCAAGGAACUGAUUUUGCACAAUUUUGGAGAAGUUUUUGAGCCGUGCUACUUGAGCUUGCAGGUGAGGACUGUUUACGACAAAAAACUAGCCACGCCACUUGUCAAUCGCGAGGCAUUUUUUGAGGAAACCUUUCAGUUCAUGCUGAGAAAACAUACCAUGAAGAGAACAAUCGACUUGGACAGCGAAAUCGAGGUUGUUCCUGAAAAACGAAGGUCCACUGUGACGCAUUUGAGCAGUGAUUUCUUGUGGGAUGAAAAACCAGCAGAGGGAGAGUCGUCCUACAUGUGCCCAGUAGAUUUUGACGCAGAUUUAGAGACAAAUGUUGAUUCAGAAGACAUAAAAAUCGAAGACACGGUAGUAGAUGUAGAGACAGUUUUCCCAGAAUCCGAAAUAUUAGAGAAAGAAGAUCCAACUUACCACUACAGCGUUCGCAACAAACGUCCACGUAAAAUUGUCCCGGAGUUGCCGAUUCUCGAUUUAUUCUGUGAUGAUACUUUGCCGAUGUCUCAGAAGUCAGUGAAGCAAAAAGAGUGGACUAUACGAUCAAACAGGAUCAUAGAAAUACUUCGUAAAGGAACUGAGAGCAAUUUAAUGUUUUGUCGCAGUAGAGAAAUUGGAUUGGAUUUUAACGUAGCAUCUGGGCGUGCAAAACAUCUAGACAAGCAGCUGCUGACCAACCACACGCUCUACGAAGUCCACAAGUUCUGCUCACACUUAUCGCGUGGUUUGGUCCACUUCCUGUUAAACAUCAUUGAAAGUAACUUUAACUUCCAGUUUCAAGACAGCUUCCAGUCAUAUCUUUUCAGCAGAGAGAAGUGUAUUUUAAACCAAGUGCACAUCGAACCAUUUAUGAGCAUGCCCAUUCAAUUUCCAGAGAUUUACAUUUCCGAGGAAGUGACUGCGGAAUUCCAAAAUGAAAAAAUGUCAGAUAAUUCCCCAGAUGAGGAUUUGUCCGAGGAGUUUCCAUAUUGUAAGAAAAUUGGACUAAAUCUUUGGUCGAGAAAAGGCCGUUUGCCCGGGAGAAUGCUGCACCUGAACACUCUGACUAACGGAGCGUUGCUGGAAAUUUUCAGUUUCUCCCGACGUCUUUGCAGCAAACCCCAAGAUCUAAUGCACGAUGUUUUGGAACAUAACUUUGACAUGAAGUUACAAAAUUCGGCAUCUGAGGAAGCGAAAGGCCUCAGUAGAUGGUUAAAUGGGAACAAAUUCAUUAUCAAGAAGCCAUUUUGUUUGAUUAAAACAAACCACUGGCUGAUUGAAGUUGUGAAUUUAAAGAAUUAUGGUGCAGUAAUAGAUAAACAUUCAAAUUUGGAAGAAGCAUCUCCUUUACCGAUGCAAACAGCAAAAAAAUGCACGUAUGGAAUAUGCAAAGAAAUCGGUCUGGAUUUGAACUUGAGCUGCAAAUCUGCGACGAAACAAAAGCUGGACCUGAAGCUGUUGACGAGGGGAGCGCUUUUCGAGGUGCACCACUUUGUCAAAACCAAGUGUAACCGCUAUGUGCCAGCUCUAUACGAAAUCUUGGACUAUAACUUUGAUUUGAGUUCACAGACACAUCGCAGAGUGGAGUUUGCGUGGUCGGUGGCGGCACAGGUGCUAGCCAUGGUGCGUAAAAGCGCGAGGAGAGGGGACUACAUGAACCGCGUGUUUGAGUUACCAUUCGAGGCAGCGGAAGGAGAGAUCUGCAAAGAGGAAGAGGAGAAGAGGGAGAUCGAGGCGCCAGACGAGUGCAGUGAUGAUGUCAUAUUUGUUCAGAAAUUUAUACCGGUGGAUAUCGACGUGGACAUAGAAUAAACUAGACCUGGAUUGAAAUCGGACUAGACCAGGACUGAAAUGUGACUAAAUAAUAAAAUGUGUAAUUGUGGUUUCAGUUGUGAGCCGAAUUAUUAUUUUGUCAUAAUGAAGUAGCCCUGAGCCAGAUAUAACCAGGACUGAUUAUAGAUUUACCAGGUCUAGUCCCAAAUUGGUCCUUGUUAAAAGUUUUAAGACCAGUCUAUGGUGUGGAUCUAGUAGCAAAUGGUUCAGUUCUUCUCGGUGACAUAAGAAUUUUCUUUAGUCCUGGUUCAGACCUGGUUUAGAUCUUGGUUUAAAGUUGUCUCGUUCAGUCAUGUAGCUCGGUGGCACUUGCUGUUUUUGUUUUCUGUAAAACAGAUUUAUUUAAUUAUUGAUUAAACUUAAAAUGAUAAUUCGUGCUGCUUGUGCCAAAUCAAGGACAAUUUUUGACUCUGUAAAUUAUGAAUCAAAUCUGCAAUUUUUGACAUUUAUUUAAAAAAAAAAAAAAAAAAAGCAAAUUACUAUCAGAUGGAGAAUGUUGCAAUAUAUUUAGUUUGUUUCAGUGUUGAUAAUGUGAUGUUUUGUGCAGCCAACACACAUUCAGAGGUACGUGUUACAUUUACUUGAGUAACUUUUUAAAGGAAUUGUAGCAGCAUACUUUUACUUGUACUGAAAUUAUUACUCAAGUAAUCUUAAGAUGUGGUUGGUCUUAAGUAGUAACUCAAAGUCUACAAGUAGCAUGGUAAGGUGGGCAUUGGCCCGCUGCAGUUUGUGCCAAUAAUCCUAUAAAGUACAGCCACUGCCUUGGUUUCCAGCUUUAAAUGGUGUUGCCUUACUGGCGAGACACAAGCUUUAGAAUGGCUUAUAACAUGAGACCAAUUAAAUGAUACUGAAUACAUUAUAUGCGCUAAAA